CUGGACUGAAAGCACCGACUCUCUUCGCACAGGGGAGACACUUGAAGGACUCCCUAUAAGCACUUGAGAUGGAGGCUCUCGAUGGCCACUGUCCAAGUAACGGCCAAUGCUCUCCUGGUAAGGAAAACGCAAGAGUUUUAGAGGACAUGUCAACACCUAAUGGAGAGACAGUUCAUCAGGGUCCCAAUUCCCCCUGUGAACUGUCAAUUAAGCAAGAGGAAGACACAGCGGAGGAAACUGACGACAGAAGCCCGGCACUUGAAGAAAUAAGCCAAACAGGGGAUGAAGUAGUCGUAUUGGAGGAAUCCAUGACCGGCAGUCCGAGCAACGCCCAGGACGGAUUAUCUGAGCUGAACAUGACGGCUGAUUCAGGAAGUGGCCAACCAAAUGGUGAGAGGCCAUUCCAGUGCAAACAGUGUGGUGUCUCGUUCACUCAGAAGGGAAACCUGCUGCGACACAUCAAGCUGCACACGGGCGAAAAACCGUUCAAAUGCCCCUUCUGCAGCUACGCCUGCCGGCGGCGCGAUGCCCUCACUGGUCAUUUGCGAACUCACGCUGUUGGCAAGCCGCACAAGUGUAGCUACUGUGGGAGGAGCUACAAGCAGCGCACGUCUCUGGAGGAGCACAAAGAGAGAUGCCACAGUUACCUGCAAGGUAUCGGCCUGGAUCCCACUGCCCACACCGGCCCUUACACAGGUGAAGGUCCUAAAGAGCCGAGGGCCAUGGCAGAGGCAAACGCCAUGGCAGCGUUCGAUAGGCCGCCUGUUAUUGAGAGGCUGCAUAGCAACGUGGGCAAGAGGAAGAGCACCACCCCUCAGAAGUUUGUGGGUGAAAAGAUGGUUCGCUACAGCUACCCUGAUAUAGGCUACGAGAUGGGCAUUAAGUAUGAAAAGCAGAAUGAGAUGAUACCAGCCCACAUGAUGGACCAGGCCAUCAGCAAUGCUAUCACCUACCUGGGAUCGGACAGCCUUCGGCCCAUGCUCCACCACACGGGACCGCCUCUCUCUAUGGCCGACGUGGUGCCCAUGGUCAACCCCCUCUACCACCAUGUCCUGCCAAUGGGCCAGCGGACAGAGCAUCCGGGCAACUUUGAUUCGAUGCCACCACAUCGGCCUCAGUCCCGGAACUUCCCCGGCCACCCCACCUCAAAUGGCCCCACUGCUCUAACCAGGCAGGACAAGCCCCCCCGGUCAGGGCACGAGGAAUCGCCCAGCAACAGCGGAGCGGACUCUGCCGACUCGGCUCGGAGCAGCCCUCAGGAGAGGCAGGGCUACCACGGGGUGCCCCCCCCUCCCGGCCUCAGGGCUCGGCAGAGUCCCGCAGUGAUCUGCUCAGGUGAGCGGGUGACGGAGCCGGCCAUGAGGGGGGGGAUGGGGGCGGGGCUGAUGCGAGUGGCCGCAGAGAGGCCCGUGAGCCAGAGGGGGGUGCGGGUGUUUGCACGGGACGGGCAGGAGCUGCGGGCCUUCCAGUGCCGGCACUGCCAGGUGCUGUUCCUGGACCACGUUAUGUACACCAUCCACAUGGGUUGCCACGGUUACAGAGAUCCACUGGAGUGCAACAUCUGUGGUCACCGCAGCAAAGAUCGCUACGAGUUCUCGUCUCACAUCGUCCGUGGUGAACACACCUUCCAGUGAGAGGAUGCGUGGGAGUUAAGAGGAGGACAAAGAAGGGAAAGGAGCAAUAGCCUGGUGUCCAUUCUUCUCCCCCCCGACCUCUGAGACUGCACAGCUGAAGAGCACUGUAUACAAGUGUGGCACAAUCAAAGACUUCUUUUUAAGCUACUUAUUGUGAAUCAAUCAUAUGAAGGUAUGGGCCAAAAACACAUUUUCUACAUAUUUAAUUAAUGAUUAAAUAUAGAAGAAGGAAGGUAAGUUCGUGUAUUUUGUAUAAAGCAGCUGUCAAGAUGACUUUGACUAUUUUUUUCCUCUUU